AUAAUAAUCGUAUACAUAUAUUUAUGUAUCACAUAUACGCAUAAAAAAAUCAUACUGAUUAAAAGAUCAGAAUUUGGUUAAAAAUGAUAUGUUUAAACUUUUCUGGUUACCGUUCAAAAUCAUGAAAUAACGACGUCAUAAGAAAAUUGUUUAAUUUCAUUGGCACGAUUGUGAAUAUUAUCAACAUCAAAAUUUAUCCAAGAAUUAAUGAAAAACGAUACGGAAUGGCUUCAGCAUCUAGUACAAGUGCACGCAGUUUAUUUGUCGAUUCUAAAAUGCGAUUAGCAGAUAGAGUUCAAGUUAAUGUUAAUAAUAUUGCAUCGCUUGCAAGACAGAUUCAGAGAGGUUCCAAAAGCAGUGAAAUUCUAAUGCACGCUGCUAAAAGUUUUGCACAGCAAGAGCAUGGAGUGGAGGUGGCAGAAACAAAUUUAAAAAAAAUUGCGCUUAUUGUAACUCAAUUAGAACAUCAAAUGGAAUCAGUAGAUAGAAGUUCUGUUUUAUUGGAGGAAGUUACUGAACAAGUUCGAGCAAUGCAGCGUUAAAAAUUUUUCACGAUCUUCAUAGAUAAUUUUAAAUGUUCUUUUAUAAUUUUAAAUGUUCUCUUUAAUUAUUUAUUUCCUUCGCAUUUUAAUAUAUGCUUAAGUAUAUUUAUAUAUUAUUUAUUUAAAAUAAUUUAUAUAUUGACACAUUUAUAGUUUCGUGAUUGAAUGGCAUAAUUAAUUUU